CUACGUCUAAAUAUUUGUUUUCUAUUAAGAUUGACCGUAGUGACUGUUAGCAGGUAUGUACGACUGGUUCAAUAGUAUAAUUAGCAAAAUACACGUGCUUUGAAUAAAAUUCAAAACAAAACACCAUCUCACGUGUUGGCCAUUUUCCCUUGUAGAGGAAAGAGUGUAAUAAUUUUCGAUUUCUAAUACGUUAUGUAUUUUCAGAGUACCGAAGAGUGACCUUUACGGUGUAGAUUUGGCGUAGCGUCUGUCGAUAUUGCAUACGUUAGACAUACCAAGGUAUGUAUUUUAUUCAGAUAAUAGUGCAUUUCUCUAUACUAGAUUCCAUUACGAUGGAUGUUGAUAUUUGUUUCUGUUAGGUGAAGUGUAUUUGAACGCUAUAUACGAAGAGAGAAUCUACGGCGAAAACUAAUCCGUAUCGUUAUUGUUCGUGUGUCAGAGUUAAUCUCGGAAGAUUUAGCGUCAUCAACGGACAUAUGAUCGAACGAAGCUCUGUCAUCGGCACGAUUGAUUUAGAAUAGUUCUACGUUAAAGAGAAUUUGGCUCGUUUACGUAAGAAUCUCGGUACGUUUUCCGGCAGAGUAUAUUUAGUUAUCUACCAAUCUCGUUUCUACAUAACUCCCGAUCGUGUCAAUACUGGUGAGUACUUAGUCAGUACUAAAUUGUGUGAACGAUUUUUCUUUCGUACUGACCAUUUAUUCAAUAGGUUCCAUUUACGACUGAAGAACGGAACUUACCAUUCAUUACGACAAGUUUUGCGUUCUUUUUCUCGAUCUUCCGUGUUUAUUACGACGAAAAGUAAGAAUUUUUCAACAUUAGACCUACAUACGUGUAUGGUAUUGCUAUCUUUCGUGUAGUUAACAAAUCUUUUCGUCGUAUAGAUGGCUGAAAGACCGGCUUGUUGUGGCGGUUGCAAAGAGAGCUUGGGAGUCGUCGCUAACGAUGUAUGCUCGCAUUAUUUACAUCAGCGUUGUUUUAAUGAAUACGCACACUGCCAGACUCCUAGUGGAGCUCCUGUAGCUGCUCUCUGUCCCGUGGAAAACUGCAGAAAACCGAUCGGUAUUGCCUUACCACUGCCUGGCAACUGUCUUGAUACCGUUCCGAUCAUCGGCGAAAAUAAUCUACUAAAACAACUGAUGCAGGAGAAAGACGUCCGCAUUACUACUCUCGAACACGAAAUACGACGGCUAAUUGAACUCUCGAUUACGACGAAAGCGGAACAUGAAACUGCGUUGGCGGCUCUUAAUGAAGAAAUAGACGAUCUAAAACAGCAAUUAGCCAACUACAAACAUCGUAGCGCAGCUCCAGCGAACCCAGGUCCGAAAAACGAGCCCAAUGAUGAUGACGGUCGCGGCAGUGACGGUGGUUCCUCGCUACGUCCAAAAAAUUCCGGACAUUAUUAUCGAUCUGGUGGAAGUAAUAGCCAAAACCAACGUAAGCGUCCCUAUUACGAUAAUAAUCGCAAAAAUCAAGGUGGUUGUUCAUCGUAUUCGCAGCGUACUGCCGAGAAUAGGACAAAUUCGACAGAGGAGCCGUUCGCAGCGCCAAAAAGGUCAUCGACAUAUGAUCAGAAUUCGGACGUCCGCCCACGAUCGAAACUGGAGGAAACCGCAGCUUUUGAAGACUUUUUCAAACGAAUGGCGUCAAAUGGUCUCUCAAUUCUGAAUCAUCUACCCUCGAGAGUGUCCCAGCACUACGGUUGUAAAGAGGUGGUCAAAUAUGUAACCGUCACCGAAUACAAGAAGACCUCCAAAUCAGCACCGCUUCGUAUAUUUUUCAUCAACGGAUACGCAUUCUACGGUGACGGGGCGGCAUUCUCGAUUUUAAAGACGGCGCUGAACAAUGAAGAAAGCUAUUUGGCUUCUUUACAUUCGUCUAUGUUAACCGGCCCGAAUCGUCAAGCAAAUGACAUCGCUGAGUGUCUUAAUUACAUGGGAAAGACGAUGUCACCAUAUGUAGUGUUAUCGUGCGGUUUUUACGAGAUGAGAAACAUAUCCGGCCAAGAGGAAAACUAUAAAAGAAUUCGAAACCUUUUAGCGGUACUCAUCCAAAAUGGAGUGAAAAAAUUAAUACUCAUCCCAACCGUCUUAGGAGAUGACGAGAACCAUUUGCAACGCAGGCGAAAAUUCAGGCAGUUCCUCCAGGGUGAAGCGCGAGAAAUUAAUACUCAAUACCCCGAUGUCGUCGUGAAAUAUCUCAGCUGCCUAGAACCUAUCUUCGACAGAAGCCCUUUCGGUACGGAUGGCAAUGGAAAUCCGUUUAUCGGAUUUAAGACCUCGCUCGAAGCUAUUCUGCAUAUCAUGCCGUUGCUGAAUUCUCGGUAUACUAAUCGCGGAGGAUAAGGUGUAAAUAUUCGUUCAGACGAGGUCGUAGAAUUGUAAAGUUUUUUUUUAUUUUCUAAGUUUCGUUUCGAAAAAUACUCGCGAUUUCGUUAUUGUCAGUAAUUAUAUUUUUAGUUAAGUUUUAUCGUACUCAAGAUUAUGACCUCGGUACUCAUACCAUUUAAUCAUUGAUUCGUUUUUUUUAUUUUUGCAUGACUAUGGUAUUCAUAGUACAAGUUUUUUUUGUUGUUUUUGUACUCAAUAGAGAUAAGUGUUAUUUCUCGUGGUCUAUUACCUAAAAAAUUUGUUAACGAACAAAGCGAGAUAUGUUGAAGUUUUUUUUUAUUUUCUUUCGAGUCAUUUCUUUUGUAGCUACUUGUUAAGACAAGUCAUAGGUCAUUUUCGCGACGAUUUUGUCUUUCUAUUUAUGAUACUAUCGUUAUGUGGUCCAUUACCAGUAAAAAUAAACGAGUGUUCGUCCUUUGAAUUAGUUACAAUAUUUUUUACUAUUUACCUUACUUUGUUCUUGUUUUAUUAGUACUCAGAGUUUGAUCUUUUGUGUUGACGUACUCAGAAUUAUUCUUUAAGUUACGACUCAAUUUUUAUGAUGUUGAAUCUUUCGGUAUCUAAUACUGCAUUAGUUUGCCAUUAUGGUUGUUGAAUUAUUCAAUAUCAUUUUUAUUAUUACUCAAAGGUUUUUUCCCUUCGUUUUCUUGCUUUUUUGGUUGACUUGGAUUGUAGCUCGAAUUAAGAUUCGAUAAUUUAAUUUUGCAUCAAUUUAAAAAGAAGUUUUUUGUGAGUUAAUUUGUAUUCUUAAUCGUAUUGCAUUUUUCGUGUUUUUGUUCUUACGCUUGAUUUAAAAUACAUUGAAUUAAGAUGCAUUUUCAAUGUCAGAAAAUAAAUAUAUCUCGAAAGCGUUUCUUGUCUUCUUAUUUUUAGGAAAAACCCAUAGGCGUAACUACGAAGAACUAUAGUUAAAACUCAACGUUGAUGGUGGUGGAAGAAUUCAGAACGAAAUACCCCCCACUACUAAAAGAUAAAUUCAACAACUAACGUAGAGGACAGACAUACCACAUCACAUUACUGAUCUAGAAUUACUUACGAGUAAUUGUGCUGAACAUUAGCCUCGUUAGACAACACAAGUGUUGAGUAUUUUCAUUGCGAAUAAACCUAAUAUUCUCGAUUAUUUAAUAUGUCAGUAAUGACCAUAGAUGAAUACACGGCUGGACCGUUUGUUCACCUCAACGAUUAUACAACUGUGCGCAAUGAAAACGACGACCUAAAAGCAGAAAUUCAGUAUUUACAACGAAAACUGAAACACGUUCGUCGACACAAUGCAAACUUGCAAAGAUCAAUCGCUACCAAUGAUCGAGUGAUCAUUAAGCAACGAGACGAAAAUCUGGAGCUUAAAGCUGAGCUUAAUCAAAUUAAAAAAGAAAAAGCAAUAGUUUUUAAAGCCCUCCAAACCCAACUUUGUCAUCACCAUCACCAUGGUCAUUCUGAUUCACACUCUGAGCAAGACUCUCAUUCAAAUAAUGAUCAGAGUGGAGUCGAGUCUGAUAGAAGUGACAUUGCUUCAGACAGAAGUAAUAAUGGCAGCAUCAUAAACUGGUGGUAGGAAUUUUUGUAAAAGUCUCGUGGUAUAUCUUUGUCUUUCAAUAGCAACAGUAUCUUUAUUCUUCUAACGCUAGCAACACCAAGGUGCUUUAAUAUGGCUGAAAAUUCUGUUCCAACUUUAAAUAACAUUAUCGAUGAAAUGAGUACAAAUAAUAAUUACUCAUCUAUUACGUUUUUAGACAGUAGGUCAAAUUUUACUUCAAUAAAUCUCGAACGACCUCCUCGCUUAAAUAUGGGCAUCUCGAACCU